AUGGAGGAACAGGCGCGGCCACCGGGUCGCCCGGCGGCGAGUGCAGGCUUGCCAGGUAGCGCGCAUCCAGGAGGGGCCGCUUCCACGGCCACCGCGGCUGCGCUGUCGUUCAGCUCUGUAGCCACGGUAACGCUGGGAAACCAGAGCGAUGCGGGCAGGUCGGAGGCUCCGGAGUCUCGGGGACCAGCACCGCUGCUAUGGCACGGAGCAGCGGUGGCCGCCCAGGCGCUCGUGCUCCUGCUCAUCUUUUUGCUGUCUAGCCUGGGCAACUGUGCAGUGAUGGGGGUGAUCGUGAAGCAUCGGCAGCUGCGCACGGUCACCAACGCCUUCAUCCUGUCGCUGUCCCUGUCGGACCUGCUCACCGCGCUGCUCUGCCUACCCGCCGCCUUCCUCGACCUAUUCGCGCCGCCGGGGGACUCGGGGCCCUGGCGCAGCUUCUGCGCGGCCAGCCGCUUCUUCAGUUCGUGUUUCGGCAUCGUGUCCACGUUCAGCGUGGCGCUCAUCUCGCUGGACCGCUACUGCGCCAUCGUGCGGCCACCGAGGGACAAGCUGGGCCGGCGGCGCGCGCUGCAGCUGCUGGCCGGCGCGUGGCUGGCUGCGCUCGGCUUCUCCCUGCCCUGGGAACUGCUCGGGGCACCCCGGGAGCCCCCCUCUCCGCAGAGCUUCCACCGCUGCCUUUACAGAACCUCCCCAGACCCUGCGCAGCUGGGCGCCGCCUACAGCGUGGGGUUGGUGGUGGCUUGCUACCUGCUGCCCUUCCUGCUGAUGUGUUUCUGCCGCUACCACAUCUGCAAGACCGUGCGUCUGUCGGAUGUUCGCGUGCGGCCGAUGACCACCUAUGCACGCGUGCUGCGCUUCUUCAGCGAGGUGCGCACGGCCACCACCGUGCUCAUCAUGAUUGUUUUCGUCAUCUGCUGCUGGGGCCCCUACUGCUUCCUGGUGCUGCUGGCUGCGACCCGGCAGGGUCAGGCCACGCAGGCUCCCUCGCUGCUCAAUGUAGCAGCUGUUUGGCUGACUUGGGCCAAUGGGGCUAUCAACCCGGUCAUAUAUGCCAUCCGCAACCCCAACAUUUCCAUGCUCCUAGGACGCAACCGCGAAGAGGGGUACAGGACUAGAAACAUGGAUGCUUUUUUGCCUAGCCAAGGCCUAGGUUUUCAGGCCAGAAGUCGCAAUCGCCUUCGAAAUGGCUGUGCCAACAGGCUUGGGGCUUGUAGCAGGAUGCCUUCUUCCAAUCCAGCUAGUGGGUCAGGAGGGGAAGUGGUCAUGUGGGCUCGAAAAAACCCAGUUGUACUCUUCUUCCGUGAGGGUCCACCAGACUCAGUUAUGGCAGUCGGCAAACAGCACAAAUCUGAAACCGGGGACAGUAGCAUCUAA